UUGACAGGUGCUUGGUUGCAAGGUGUAAAAUGUGGAUAACAAAUAUAUAAUUAAUAUUGAGUGUGAAUUUCGCAAUUACAGCAUCUGGUGGUUAUGUUGACACAAGAUAAAGCGGGUUGACAGGCUCACAUUAAGGUUAUCAUGCAAAAGAAAAAUAAUAAACUUGAAAGUUUCUUGUUCAAAACGUUACCUGAGCAGAAUUAUGAAAGGAUUCGAGGAUAUGAAUCGUGUAUUGUCGUGUCGGAAAAAGAAAACAAGGCUUUCAAAUACGUGGUUCUCGGUGAUGAAUGGGUUUAUUUAACAGAAAAUCCUCCAAAAUCCAUACACAGGGAAGUGCCACUGGCAGAUGUCAUAUCAGUUGAAUUGGUCAAUGACUUCCCAGAUUUUUUGGUGGGGGAGUCCAGGAAGGACUGCCAGCACAUCGAGAUCACCUACUGGACCUCAGAGCCAGUCAAACGGCGGUCAUUCCGGAAGAAGAAAUCCCCACGGGGCUCACUGUCUGAUCUCCAUGGUGACAGGUCUAACACCUCUACACCUCUCAGCAUGGCAUCAUCAUAUGAUACAUGGGGAGACGAGAUGGCACACAAUAGCAGUAUAACCAGUCUUCCUGUGAGACCAGACAGUCGAGGCUCUGUCUCCUCUGCCCGCGAGACACGUAAAGCCUCGCUACAAAAGAAAAAGAAGAAGGGUUCCCAGUCAUUACGGACCAUUCAGAGUGAGUCAGAAGAUACGAUACUGAAAGCACUAAAAGAGGAAGACUACGAGGACGAUAUCCUAGAAGACAUCGAGAAUCAAAGUGAGCUUGGAGACUCCAUGGCUAAGUCACAUAAUAAUUUUGAAUCAAAUAGGACUGCCCGUUCCUUGAAAUCUGCCCGUAGCAAUACGUCAAGGUCAUUGCGACCUUUGCCAUCUCCUGGACCCAAACAAAAAGCAUUUGAGAACCCUGUUAUGGAAAAGAGCACGCCAUCAAUCAUUGAUACAAAUGAACUACCAAAGAAGAAAGGCUUGACACCUGAGCCGUCCCCCACUGAUAAUGAUGAACCUUCUUCAUGUUGUUUGAGAUGUUGUUCAUUUUCAUUUGGGAAAACCCGUGUUUCACCUUUUUGUGGCACAGGAAAAUCUCCACCUCCGAGUGAUAAAAACAAACUUUUCAGUGCAUCCACUGACAAUACUAAUUCUCACUCACAGUCUGUUGUAAGUAUACAGAUAUCGGGAGCCAAUCCUGAGAUUGUUACUGACCGACCAACCUACAGGAGGGGGUCCUCUAUUAAUUCCUCCGUGUCAACGUUGCGGGGAUUGAAUGAGAGGUCUGGUACACCAGCCAAUGAGGAUGCAGAGAGACGAAGUGUUCUCAGUAUGGCGUCUCUGUCAGACUACGGGGGUUCAGUCCAGCGCCUGUCACUGCUCAGUGUGGAAGGUAUCCUGGAGAAACGGCGGGCCGUGUUACACCUCUACCUACUUAGUAGUUUGUCACCUAUGCUCAUGUUGAUACGAAGUGCCUGGUGCAAUUGCCUUUUGUCUUCGACGCUCAUGUUGAAUCCUGAGGUACCAGAGACUCCAAAAGGCAGCAUAAUGAAGGGAUCUCAGAGAGGUAAGCAGGAGAUCCUGUUCCAGGAGUUGAAGCGUGACCUCCUUAAGGAUCAGUUGGACAUGGAGGAUCUGUUCUACCUCCUCAAUGAACUCAAGCUGGCCACAGAAAGGAACUAUGUGCUCAAACGAUUCUUCUGGAAGGACACAGACCUGUUGAAGUUCUUUGUGAGCCAGCUUCAGAAUUAUCUCCCCAAGUCACUGGCUAAGGCUGAUCCAGCUAUGAGGGUCAAUGAAUUUGAGCUGAUCACUCUACUGAUUGACAUCCUGCACAUGAUGUUCCAUGAGUCCGAGAUCAUACAGGAGCGGACCCAGGCGCUGAAAACUGACAGAGGGAAGACCGUGCUAGCUCUACUCAUGGUUCUCACGUGUAACCCUGAUGUACCUGACAAGAGGGGAGACAAAAUGGAUUCUGAGAAAAUCCUGAAGCAGUUUUUGAAAACAUCCCUGGGAACGGUGUUUGAGUUGUUCCUUAUGGCCAAACAGGCUAACUGGGGCCACUUGGAAGGCAGCUUUUACAACAUUAGCUGGAUGAUCUCCACUCUGGAGGAACUUAGAGACACUGAAAAGUUUGUGGCGAGACUGGUUGACCUGUUACUAGAAAUGAUCUCAAAGUCGUCAGGUGACAAGCUGUUGCCCCCAGAUUCAGUGCUUCUGUACCAGAUGUUCUUUGUUCUCGAUAAUUUCUUGGAAUACAGUCGAAGACUCAAGUCAUUUCUUGCCACCACUUACACAGAAGAGUUCAAGUACUUUGUUCAGGUCCAUCUAGUGAUGCGGAAAGUGCCCCAGACGUAUCCUCUCUACCACAUGCUCGUCGGGAUUGUCGAAGAAGUCGUUAAAAAGGUGCUGCCAUCUCCACAGACUGCAAAGCAAGCCAAGAUCUGAGGGCGGAAAUUUAAAUGAAAUUAUUAAGGGAGGCGUUUCACAUGAAAUUAUUAAGAGAGGCGUUUCACAUGACAUUAUUAAGGGAUAUAGUUCACAUGAAAUUUUAUAGGGGAGACAAUGUACAUAUAAUUAUUAAGGGAGACAGUUUAAACAAUAUUAUUAAGGGAGAUAAUGCACAUGAAACAAUUAAGGCAAACAAUUCACAUGAAUUAGUUAAGGAAGGUAUUUCAGGUGAUAGUAUUUUAGUUAUUUAUUUUUCUAAUUAAGGGAUGUAUUUCAUGUGAUAGUAUUUUAGUUAGUUAUUUUUCAUGUUCAUACCAAAUUGUUUUUACUCAUGAAAUCAGUCACUAUGUAAGCAAGAACUUUCCUACACGUUUACUCUUGAUGUUCACUAAAAAAGAAAGUACUAGUUUAUUUGAUUUUGUGUGGUAACAAAACUAAGAUAAAAGAUAAAGAUAAAAGAUAACCAUUAUACAUUUUAUAAAAUGAUAAAUUUGCUCUCUGCUUUUACUAUGUUUUGAUAUUAUCUGAUACCUAAGUGUGAAAUAGGUGUCCUAUUUUAACUGCAAAAAAUGUAUCAGUAGGUUUUAAUAGAAAGAACAAGAUCAACAUUUGAAUAUUUUUGUUCUUCAGCAUAUAGUAAUUAUACUAUUUCCAUAUAUAAUAAAGGUACAGGGGUUAUGGAUGUAUUGUUUUAUGAAUUAAUUUUUUUAAAUGAUCAAAUACUUUCCAUGUCUUUCGAGCAUUCUCAUCCCUUAUCACGUAUGAACAUAAUUGUCAGGUUGAAACAAAUGCCUUUAAAAAGUGCUCUAACACUGUCCAACAUCAUGUAGAAUAGUGUUUCAUUUAACAUACAAAUAGAUCAUGACUUGUGUAUUGAUAUUAUAAACAUGUAUGUGAUCAAACUUUAUUUUUGUAUUUAUUAUUUUCUUAUAUUCCAAUUCAAUGUUAUUUUUUUGUGCUAUGAAUUCGAAACUUGAGCUUCAGUAUACAAUGUGUUUAACAAAAAUACUUGUGACAUUGAAAAGACCAUAUAAGCUUAAAAUAAAAAAAUAUUUUGUACAAUAUUUCAAAAAAUAAAAUAGACCCAUAAAAAAUAAUGUUUCUUAUAGCAAUAGCCAAAAUUUCAAUGCUAGAUGUUUUCUGGAAAAACACAUGUAAUGUGAUACAAAAAUGUUGCCUUUGACUUUUUUGUGUCACAAUAUAUUCCAUGUGAAUUUCUGGCUACAUAUCAGAAAAUUUACAAAAGAACACGAAAAUGGCUUUGGGCAGCUUCGGAAGCACAAUGUAGUUCUUAUGAAUACAUCGUUCUUCUGACGGUAACCAAAGCCAGUCUAUCCUUUGCUCGCAAAAAUUUGGAUAUCGUGGUGGAAGAUUAACAUGGAAUAUAUUGUUGCAAAAAAAUAAAAAUGAGCAUUUUGUAUCCCAUUAAAUCUAUGAAACAUUACCACAUCUACUUUAGCAUUGAAAUUUUUGGCUAUCGCUUUAAGAUACACUGUUUUUUAAUGGCUUUACUUAAUUGUUUACGACAUAUGUUGCAUGAUAUUCGUUGAUUUUGAGUAUUUAUGUUACUUUAAUUGAAAUCUUUGCCUUUGUAAUGUGUAUACAUUAUGAACUUAAACACCUUUUCUAUAGGACUUAUAUCAAUCUGGUAAAUUUGAAACUGAAUUUGUAAAAAAAAAGAGAUAUUUUUUAACAUUUGUUCAAGUUUCAAGUUUGCAAUUGGUUUUAAACAUUGUGAUAUAUAUUAUUAAGCAAUAAAUUCACAAUGAUCAUGCAUACAUUUUGCAAUUGUUGAGCAUUUGUUGUCAUACCCAUAGAAUGAAAUAUAAAAUUCAAAUAAUAUAUUCCAAGCAGUGCUGGGAAUGAUUGAACUCUUAUAUAAUCGUUGUAAAAAAUAAUGUAAUGAAUGCUUUUAUGAAAAUAAUUUUAUAUUUACAUACAAUGUAGGAAUUGCUGUUCUAGUUUCAAAGAGUAUGCCCAGGGGAGAGAACUCUAAUGUGAAAAGAUAGCAAAUGAAAGUCAUGUGCUGGCCCCUCUAUUUACAUGUAUAUCAUUUUUAAUAGGGUUUACUCAUGCAAAUGAAACCUCAGCUACAAAGUGUGCUUAGUUAAUCGUAGUUUUUUUAAUAAAUAUUUUGAAUUAGUCCUUAGUUUGGAAAUAUGGUUAUUUUUCCUUGGAGGCAUAUAGUAAUUGCAUCAUCUGUUCUUCCUUGUAUCCUUCUUUACGUCAGUUUGUAAUGCAUGUUCUGCACAUAGGGGGAUUUCAAUUUAUUUUUGUAUAAUGAUAGAGUGGUGUAAGGGGAAUUACAGAGUACAAGAACCACUACUCUCUUUAGGAUUUACAGAGUUAUUGCCCUUAAAUCAUUUUAGGGUGGUGAAUAACUGCUUAGUAUUCAUGGUAUUUAAAUGAAACCUGGUAGAUUGAUCGAGGACAUUAUUUGGAAGAGCAGGGUACAACAAUCACAUAUUUCUUAUCAGUAUUUUUGGACUUAUGGUACUUUUCUUUUUUUUGUAUGGUCUGUUAAUUGUGCAAAGCAUAACUCUGCAUAUUAUAACGAUUUUAAUGAAUCUUCAUAAAAUCAUAGACAUUCAAUACAAUAAAGACAAGUAUAAAGACCAUGACUCUUUUCAUUAUGCACUGUUCUUUUCUUGUUCAAAGCAGAAAUGUUUAUUGUAUCAAGUUAUUUGGGCAUUUGUCAUUUUCAGCAUUUGUUUUUUCUUCCAAUGAUAGCUGAUAAGUUAUGUAUUGAGUACAGCUAUAAGUUUUCGAUUUUGUAAAAUGUAUACGGUUGAAAUGCAUCAUUGCCUCAAUUAUGUUAUAUAAUCAACAAACAUCACAUUUAUUUUGUGAAUUCAAAAUAUCUGCAACUAAGUAUAAUAGGAGCUGUCUAUCAUGCAAUAUUGCACCUGAUUUCGGCAUAAACACUGUAGCUUUGUGGACUGUGUUAUUCCAUAAUCUGAAAUUAAGCAAAUUGAAAAUCCAACUGUGAAUUUUAUUGUCUUAUAAUCAGGUUGGAUUAACACUGGUAAUUUUUUUUUCUUCAGUUUACAGCGUUUGAAGCCAUUAUUUAGAUAACAUUAUUUUUUUAGAAUAAUCAUUACCUACAUAUGACCAUUUUCAAUAUCAUUUAAAAUCAGCCCACAAACUGCUUUUUUUUUAAAGACAGGGCCUGGAGUGCUUGUAGAAGUCUAAAGUUUUUAAUGCAUUCAAGCUAAAAUAAAAUGUCUAAACUAACAUCAGUUAUCAUUUUAUUAACUAAAUACAUACCAUGUUCAUUCUAAAUUCAAAUUUCUUGUCAGCCAUCAUACAACUUCAGUAAUAAUCAUUCAUCUGUAUACAUUAGCAUGCUAAAUCCAUUAUAACUUGGUAUGUGCAAAUCUAUUUCAUUUUUAUGUUACUUUACUAACGAGAUUACGAGUUGUUCAAGUGGUUGAUUGAAUCAGUUAAAACUGAUGUUUAUACAAUUGCACAUUUUGUCUCAUUUAAAUGUUCCGUCCUCUUAGUAAUAUGCCUCUUGUAUUUUUAUUGUUUUGAAUAUUUUAUUUGUUUAAAUGUUGAAUUAUAUUUUAUUUUUAUUUUAUUGUUGGUUUAUUUUUAAAAACUUUUUUACUUCUCAUAAAAUAUAUUCAUAAAAAAGUUUUAUUUAUAAGUAUUUAAAAACAUUGAAUUCACAUCAUGUAAACCAACUGCUCAUGUUGUUCUUCCUUACCUUUUAUAAUUGAUAACUUUCUGUUAAACUAUGAAUCGUAUCAGUUUAUAUAAUUUUGCGAUCCAUUUUAAUCCUUAUACAAUUUCAAAUAGCAUGUUGAUCAGCAUUCAAAUGAUCAGCUGUUUUAAUGUGAACAUAUUUUGUACAUAAUACAUUAACAAUAGAACACAUGGAUUAUCCAAGUAAAGAUCCAAUUUUGUUGAUUUUUUUGCUGAUAUACUUAAGUUUUAUCCAUAUUAUUAUAUGUGCAUUUUUAAGCCAUGACAUUUUUAUAAAAUUUUGUUGCCUGUUUAAAGAUUUUAUUAUUGUUUAAAUACAAUAGAAAAUUUACAUUGAAAUAUAUAUUUUUAUAAGGUAAAAUUUAUGUUCUCUUACAAAUUAUGUUAUCUGACUGUUACUGUAAAGAUAUAGCGGAAAUUAAUUAUGCAACUGGUUAACUGAACUUAAUGUUGAAAAACAUCCUUUAGACUCAAUCAUCUUGUGUCAUUAGAUAUACACGUAUAUUCAACACUAAAAUUGUGUUAUAUACCACUAUGGCAGUCAUGAUUACCAGUUGCAUAAGGUCAUCAAGUAGGAUAUUAUGUCAAGUUCUUAUUAUAAUUUUGUGUAGCACCAUUACAUGUUGUACUUAAAAUAAUUUUCUGUGGAGUUACAUUCAUUUAUGUUAAUCAUGUUUUGAGUUACCUAUUAACUUAAGUGCCUUGUUUAAUUAAAUUGCUUUAAUAAAAAACAAGAUAUGCUGAAGUGAUUUUUUGCUGAAUAAUUAUAUUUAAAUUCUUGUUGAAAGUAUUUUGUACUUUUAUGUACAACAUGAAUUUAAAAGAAGUUAUUGGCUUUUUUCUUUAUUAUUUAUGUCAAAAUUAAUGUUCAUUCUCAAACGUGUGAUUUAUAACACAUCACAUUGGUGUUUGGUCAAAAUACUGCACUUAUGUCACAAUGUGGUGUCAUUAUUUCUAUUUUAGAUAAAAAACGACUGAUAAUGAAUUUUUAAAAGCUGUAGUGUUAACAUUCCAUUACAGCAGACCAACUUGUGGUUCAAUAGUCACAUAUGAGCUGUGUCAGGCAACAAUUGGUCUUAUGCCAUUUAUGGCAAGCGUAGCCUUAUACCAGCCUGCGUACACAUGCAGUCUGAUCAGUAGCUGCUCUGUCAACUUAUGAGACCGAGACACCUUGAUUAACUUAGCAGACAGGGCAGCUCUUGAUUGGACUGUACUAGUGCUCACGCUGGUCUAAAGAUGUAUAAUUAUGCUGGCUGAAUAUGGCAUUAGGCAUAAGACCCAUUUCGCAUGAUGCACUCAUACAUUGUAUUUAGAUAUGACUCUGUAAUUUGUAGGAACUUAGAAUAUAGCAGAGAAAAUACAAUAAUUAUUUAUAACAUCACAAAUCCUUUUUUGUUUAAAGGCGUCUCAAUAUUUAUACCUUUUUUAAUGGUCAUUCUUAAUUAUGUUAUUCCAGAGAAGCAACAAGUUAUAAGAUACAAAAUUAAUUUCUUUAAUUAAACAAAUAAAUUAUAUAUUUUAUUUUUCUCUAAUGCUUGACAUUAAAUAUUGAAUGGUACACAAAUUAAACUAAUUGUGGACCCCACUUUUAAUAUAUCUAUAUGGCAUCUUAAGAUUAUAUAGUAAAAUUAGUUAACAUGUCCAUAUAAAUAGCUUUAUUUAUAAAAAGUAUGUGAUACAAUUUACAAUUGAACUGUCGUCUGUAUAUUAUUAUUUUAAUAUGUGAUGAAGCGUAUAUAUGUUUUUGUGAUGUUUAGUUUGAUUAAGUUAUUUACAAACUUAAUCUUUGUUAACAUAUGAUCGUUCAGAGAAGUACAUAUAUGUACUACACACUUAGGUGGUUCCAAAGAGUCUGGGAAGAUUUUGUAUUUUUGCCUUUCCUCAAUUUUGCACUUUUUUUCCAAAUAAAGCGUUGUCUUAAAGAAA